GAUCGCCAACGGGAAGGAAACGCCGAAACGCUUCGACAGUUCCCUGUUCACCUGUUCUAAACACUCCGACGCCUUCCCCUCACCACCCAGAUCCCGAUCUCGCCGCGAUCCAUGACACCCUCGUCGUCGUCCUCGCCGCCGCCGCCGUUCGGCGCGCAAAACCCUAGCACGCCGCCUGGAUCGGGUCCGGGGGCUGCUGCUUUGCAGGCGCCGUUCUCAAACAUGCAAAUCUCCCGAGCCUCCGCGCCGCCCCCGGGGGCGCCCCGCGGGCUCACGCCGCAAGCGGCUCCUCCGGCUGCGCAGGUGGGCAACGGACCCCCGUCUGCGUACUCCGCCCGGCCGUCGGUGAUUCGUGGGCCGGCGACGGGCCCGCCCGCCGCCCGCCCUUUCCCCGGCAGCCCGCCCGCGCCGUCGCAGCCGUCGUUCGUGAGGCCCCCGACUACGUCGGCCGGCGCGCCGUUCGGUGGGCCUCCUGCGGCUGCGUUCUCGCAGCCACCGCCUUUCGGUGGCCCUCCUGGGGCAGUCUCCAAGCAGUCUAUUCCCUUCGGUGGACCCAUGUCCCGGCCGGGGCCUCCGUUCGGCGGCCCUCCAGCGGCUACUUCUCAGGCGCCGCCUCCGUCCGGCGGUCCUCCUGGGGCGGUCUCUCAGCCUCCUUUCGGUGGGUCUUCUACUGCAUGGUCUCAGGCAGCACCACCGCCAUUUGGUGUCCAGCGGCCGGCAUUAUCUGGACAGCCUAUUACAACUGGGGCAGCGCCAUUGCAAGCCAGCCCGAGUCUUGGGGCUCCACAGCAGCAGGCACCGUCGUUCAGUGGCCCUCCCCGAUUUGGGGGUCCGCCACCAGGUAUGCAGCCACCUUUUGCUGCACAAUCAUCAUCUAUGUCACCGCAGGGGCCAUUCACCGGACCAUCCAGGGCUAAUGUACCGGCUUUUGGGCCUCCAUCUCGGCAGUCACAGGGAGCUUUCUAUGGUGCUAUGCAACCACCUAUGUCGACCAUUCCUGGUGGCAUGCCACCAAGUAUGCCUGGGCAAGGGUUGCCUCCCCCAACCACCCCAACCUUUCCAUAUUCCCCCCAUGCUGGAACCCAGGUCUCAACCCCAUCCAAAAUCGACCCUAAUCAAAUUCCACGACCAAUGGCUGAAACAUCAGUCAUUAUUUUUGAGACUCGUCAAGGUGGACAAGCAUCCAUUCCACCGGCUGCAUCUAGUGAAUUUAUUGUGAAGGACACUGGGAACUGUAGCCCUCGUUUGAUGAGGUGUUCUGUGAAUCAGAUACCUUGUACAAGUGAUCUCUUAACAUCAUCGGGCAUGCCUUUGUCUCUGAUGGUUCAACCCUUUUCUCUUCCUCACCCAUCUGAGGAACCUAUUCAGCUUGUGGACUUUGGAGAGAUGGGCCCUGUACGGUGUUCUCGUUGCAAAGCGUACAUAAAUGCUUUCAUGAGAUUCAUUGACCAAGGGCGGCAUUUUAUCUGUAAUUUAUGUGGAUUUAGCAAUGAUACUCCUAGGGGGUACUUGUGUAACUUAGGUCCUGACGGUAGACGGCGUGAUGCUGAUGACAGACCUGAGUUAUGUAAAGGAACUGUGGAAUUUGUUGCCACCAAGGAAUUUCUGGUUCGUGAUCCAAUGCCUGCUCUAUAUUUCUUCCUAAUUGAUGUCUCCAUGAAUGCUGUACAAACUGGCGCAACUGCUGCAGCUUGUAGUGCAAUUUCUCAGGCCAUUUCUGAUCUUCCGGAGGGUCCUCGGACAAUGGUUGGGAUUGCCACAUUUGAUUCUGCUGUUCAUUUUUACAGUUUGAAACGUGCUCAGCAGCAGCCUUUGAUGCUCAUCGUUCCUGAUGUCCAAGACGUAUAUACACCUCUUCAAAUGGACCUGAUUCUCCCAAUUUCUGAGUGCCGAGAAAAUCUGGAACAGCUGUUAGAAAGCAUCCCUAACAUGUUUGAGAAUAAUAGGGUUGCUGAUUCUGCUUUUGGAGCAGCUAUGAAGGCUGCCUUCCUGGCUAUGAAAUCUACUGGUGGAAAGCUACUUGUUUUUCAGUCAGAGCUGCCAUCUGUUGGUGUUGGUUCUUUAUCUGGUAGAGAAGCUGAAGGUAGAGCAAAUGUUGUUUCCAUUGGCGAUAAGGAACCACAUAAACUUCUGCAGCCUGUUGAUAAAACUCUAAAGACGAUGGCACUAGAAUUUGCUGAGUACCAGGUCUGUGUGGAUGUGUUCCUCACUACUCAAUCAUAUGUUGAUAUUGCUUCAAUAUCUGUCGUUCCCAAUACCACAGGUGGCCGGGUUUACUACUACUAUCCGUUUUCUGCUCUUUCAGAUCCCGCCAAGCUCUUCAAUGAUCUCAGAUGGAAUAUCAGUAGACCUCAGGGUUUUGAGGCUGUCAUGCGUGUCCGCUGCAGUCAGGGCCUCCAAGUUCAAGACUAUUUUGGCAAUUUCUGCAAGCGUGUUCCUACUGACAUCGAUCUUCCGUCGAUUGACUCUGAAAAAACUGUAAUGGUCACCUUUAAGCAUGAUGACAAGUUACAGGAAAAUUCAGAAUGUGGUUUCCAGUGUGCACUUCUCUACACUACUGUAUUUGGGCAAAGAAGGAUACGGGUCAUGAACCUCUCACUUCAGUGCACAAGUAUGCUCAGUAAUCUUUUCCGAUAUGCUGACUCGGAAACUCAGUUUGCAUGCUUCUUGAAGCAAGCUGCCAACAGCAUUCCAACAGUUCCACUACCCCAUCUUCGGGAGGAAGUAACAAAUACAUGCAUAAAUAUUCUCCAGUCCUACCGUAAAAACUGUGCAUCUGUAAGCUCAUCCGGGCAGUUGAUUCUCCCAGAGGCUCUCAAACUCCUACCGUUGUAUACUUUAGCACUGAUCAAAAGCAUAGGCUUGCGAAAUGAGGGACGAGUGGAUGAGCGCUCCUAUUGGAUAUCUGUCAUCUCCUCGAUUUCUGUUCUGUUGGCGGUUCCAUUUGUGUUUCCGAGAUUGAUUUCACUCCAUAAUCUCACAUCAAGGGGAGACGAUGAAUCCCUUAUACCUAGUCCCCUUAUGCUCAAUAGUGACAAUGUGCAUGAGGAUGGAGUUUAUUUGUUGGAAAACGGAGAGGAUGGUUUAAUUUAUGUAGGUGAUGCGCUAGACCCUGCUAUGCUCGAACAAAUAUUUGGUGUGACUUCUUUGACUGCAUUGCCAAGCCAGUUGGUGUUCGAGCAAUUUGACAAUGAACCCUCGAGGAAGGUAAAUGAAGUUUUAAAUGAAAUAAGACGCCAGAGAUGUUCUUACUUGAGGUUGAGACUAUGUAGGGGGGGUGAACCAUCUGGUAAUUUCUUCCGCUCAUUUUUGGUAGAGGACAAGGCGCCUGGAGGCCUUUCCUAUGUCGAGUUCCUUGUGCACGUGCACAGGCAAAUCCAAAGCAAGAUGACAUGACAAGCAAACCCUAUACAUCAUUGUACUAUUUUCGUUAGCUGCUGGUUCGUAGCCUGUAGGCACCAGGAAGACAUCAAUUUGUGCCAUACCAACCCAGGAUGCUGCAAAGAAACAAGCUGAGGCAGCUCCUAUUUACUGGUUGGUUACAGUUAGAUAUGCCGUUUUGCUCGAAAGAUUAGAGAUUGUAGGAAUUGGGGCCUACAAAAUGUGUUUACAGGAUUGUCUUGUCUCGAGUGGUUCGUACAUGUUGUAUACAGAGAUGAGGUGUGGAGUGUUGAGUGGCUCAUUUCUUUUGUGUUAGCAUUGUGCAUCCUUAUCUAUCAUUCCUGCGAACAGAGGAUGCAUUGUGUUGAAAGAGCAAAUAUUGUAGAGGUUCAGCAAUAAACUAUACAUAGCAAAUAGAGUGAAUCAGAUAUAUAAUCUAAAGUUUAUGUUGGUAAGUUGGAUAUGGUUU